AUGCGUAGUAAGUUAUCUCCGUUCCUCGAUCUGGUGGAAAAUAUGUGCAUGCUAUCUGCUAUCGCGAUGACCUUGAUUUGGCUUGACUACUAUAUGUUAAACAUCAUCUGGUGCAUCAUAACGGUCGAUGAGAAUGGCUUACUCGACUUGACUCAGAUGCUGUCCCAUGCAACAUGCAGUGACUCUGGUAUCGGCGACGGCGACUCGGGUGGCAGCAGGGGUGAUCCAGGUGCGACGGCGGCCACCUCGCACCUCGUUCGCACUGCCGACGAACCUCAGGUGACAAUCGCCGGCUGGCAGAACGACUGCUCACCUCAAUGCAACGAGGGUAAGCGAGUUGACACAGUAGACAAAAAUACUCAUGCUGUUUUUAUAUAUUAAUU